CGGCCAUUUUAUCUACCGUUUCAUGCACGAGCAAUCAUGAAGCGUUUACUGUUGGUAUUUUUGGUAAUGACAUUUGCAUUAACCGUUCAUGCUCAUGUGAUUAAGCGGGAUGAAAGCGAAGAAGAAGAAGAUAAGGAUGACGACGAUGGAGAAGAAGAGGAAGGAUUGAAGGGGCUGAUGCUCAAAAGCAAGACCAUGAGCAUGAAAGUUCCUCUCGUUGGUGAACUGACAGGAGAUACAAUUGGAAAACUUAUUGACGGAUAUGAAGCACUUCAAUUAUUGACUGACGGCGCUGUUGGACGUCUUCUUGGGGGAGCUUUUCCCUGUACCGUUUCUCUGGAUUCCUUCGCCUGCACUGGUCACACCGCCGGCAAAGAUUUGGCAUAUAUUAUUGAAAAACUCUUGAACCCUAUUCCGUGGGUGUUCUUCCCUGACUUGGCGAAGAAUUUUGUUGUUCUGAUGAUUCAGGUGUUUGUCGAACCGAUGAUUGAUGUUCUCUUGGGAGGAAUAGCUAAACCCGAAGCUAUACAGGCUUAA